AUGGAGGUGCACCAGGUGGUUGCUCCGCCGCAUAAGAGCACGGCGGCGAAGCUGAAGACAAGACUGAAGGAGACUUUCUUCCCGGACGACCCUUUAAGACAGUUCAGGGGACAACCGAGCCGUACCAAACUCAUACGAGGCGCUCAGUACAUUUUCCCAAUCCUCCAAUGGUGUCCUGAAUACAGCUUCAGACUCCUCAAAUCCGACGUCGUUUCAGGUCUCACCAUUGCUAGUUUAGCUAUUCCUCAGGGGAUAAGUUACGCAAAGCUAGCGAAUUUGCCUCCAAUCGUCGGUCUAUACUCGAGCUUUGUGCCACCGUUGGUUUAUGCGGUAUUGGGAAGCUCAAGAGAUCUAGCGGUAGGACCAGUCUCCAUAGCGUCGUUGAUCUUAGGAUCCAUGCUAAGGCAGCAAGUGUCUCCCGUAGACGAUCCUCUUCUCUUUCUACAGCUCGCUUUCUCUUCUACCUUCUUCGCUGGUCUCUUUCAAGCCUCUCUUGGAAUCCUCAGGCUGGGAUUUAUAAUAGACUUUUUAUCAAAACCAACGCUGAUAGGAUUUAUGGCCGGAGCAGCCAUAAUAGUAUCACUGCAACAGCUCAAGGCUUUGCUUGGGAUAACUCAUUUUACUAAGCAAAUGAGUGUAGUCCCUGUUCUCUCCUCUGUUUUCCAACACACCAACGAGUGGUCAUGGCAAACAAUUGUGAUGGGAGUCUCCUUCUUGCUCUUCUUGCUCGCAACACGUCACCUCAGCAUGAAGAAGCCGAAGCUGUUCUGGGUCUCAGCCGGAGCGCCGCUACUUUCAGUUGUCGUCUCUACGCUUAUCGUCUUUGUCUCAAGAGCCGACCGUCACGGAAUCAGCGUCAUCGGGAAAUUACAAGAAGGCUUGAAUCCACCGUCUUGGAAUAUGCUUCAGUUUCACGGAAGCCAUCUGGGACUCGUCGCCAAAACAGGACUCAUCACCGGAAUCGUCUCCCUCACUGAAGGAAUCGCAGUGGGAAGAACAUUCGCGGCGCUAAAGAACUACCACGUAGACGGAAACAAAGAAAUGAUCGCCAUCGGACUAAUGAACGUAGUAGGCUCUGCCACUUCCUGCUACGUCACAACCGGAGCUUUCUCUAGAUCGGCCGUCAACAACAACGCCGGAUGUAAAACCGCGGUUUCAAACAUCGUCAUGUCGGUCACCGUUAUGGUUACACUCCUCUUCCUAAUGCCGCUUUUCGAGUACACUCCCAACGUGGUACUCGGUGCCAUCAUCGUGACCGCGGUCAUCGGCCUUAUCGACCUUCCUGCGGCUCGUCAUAUAUGGAAGAUCGAUAAAUUCGACUUCUUGGUGAUGCUAUGCGCAUUCUUUGGUGUCAUUUUCCUGUCCGUUCAAAACGGUCUAGCCAUUGCCGUGGGACUAUCGUUGUUCAAGGUAUUGAUGCAGGUGACGAGGCCGAAAACCGUUAUCAUGGGGAAUAUUCCGGGGACGGACGUGUACCGGAAUCUUCAUCAUUACAAGGAAGCACAAAGGAUUCCGGGAGUCCUUGUCUUGAGCAUCGAGUCUCCUAUCAAUUUCGCCAAUUCUAACUACCUCACCGAAAGAACAUCUCGUUGGAUCGAAGAAUGCGAACAAGAGGAAGCUCAAGAAAAGCAUUCUAGCCUUCGGUUCUUGAUUCUUGAAAUGUCAGCCGUGAGCGGUGUGGACACAAACGGAGUCUCAUUUUUCAAGGAAUUGAAGAAAACAACCGCGAAGAAGGGCAUCGAGCUUGUGUUUGUGAACCCUUUGAGUGAAGUGAUGGAGAAGCUACAAAGAGCUGACGAGGAACAGGAGUUCAUGAGGCCAGAGUUUCUCUUUUUAACCGUCGCUGAAGCCGUUGCGUCGCUCUCUCUUAAAGGCCCAUCUCUCAAUCACGUUUGA